CGCAAGCGCAUUGAGGAAUAUCCAGUCGUAUAACGUGUCUACGUCAAGACUGAUUAUAAUUAAUGUAAUACAGAUGAGAUUUGUUAUUUAUUUGUAAACUCUGUGCUAUAGACUGUGAUAUUAUAUUUUACAACAUUUUAAAAUGAGUUCUUCGGGUGAAUUCGGGAACCCGUUGAGGAAAUUCAAGCUUGUGUUUUUGGGGGAACAAAGUGUGGGAAAGACUUCCCUAAUUACAAGGUUCAUGUAUGACAGUUUUGACAACACCUAUCAGGCCACAAUAGGAAUUGACUUUUUAUCAAAGACCAUGUAUUUAGAGGACAGAACUAUACGGCUACAACUUUGGGACACAGCUGGCCAGGAGCGAUUUCGAAGCUUAAUACCCAGUUAUAUAAGGGACUCAUCUGUAGCAGUAGUAGUGUACGAUAUUACAAAUGCAAAUUCCUUUCAACAAACAUCAAAGUGGAUUGAUGAUGUUCGGACAGAAAGAGGAAGUGAUGUCAUAAUUAUGUUAGUGGGAAACAAAACAGAUCUGUCUGACAAAAGGCAAAUAACAACAGAAGAAGGAGAGAGGAAGGCAAAAGAAUUGAGUGUCAUGUUCAUUGAGACAAGUGCAAAGGCUGGAUACAAUGUCAAGCAGUUGUUUAGGAGGGUAGCCGCAGCACUGCCUGGAAUGGAACAAACCGAGCCAAAGAAAGGAGAGAUGACGGAGGUUAAACUGAAGGACACCGGGCCGAUUGAACCGGAACACAAGGAAGGAGGGUGUUCGUGUUGAGUGGGUUGGGCGGGGCAACAUCAGGCGGAGACAGCUACACAGGAAGACGGUCAAUCAGGUCAAACAGCAGACCCCCAGGAGAGGUCCCCUGGGCAGGACCACCACCUAUAUCUAUUUAUAAAUACGCCCUCCGAAAUUCUGCUAACUUACUGUACUGAGACAUUAGGUGCUGUAUUGAGAGACAUACUACACAUUCUCUAUGAUAUCACCUGUAUCAAAAUUGAUGUCUAUUGUUUGUAACCAUUUCUUAUUUUAUGCAUGUUUUUGAUUAUGAUCAAAUUCCAUUAACCUAUUUCAUUUGACUGUGUUUGUUGAAUAAUGAACUUUGAAAUAGGGCUAGCCUGAUGAGUAGUUUUGUUUGCUUGCAUUGUGAGUAAGAAUUUACCUGUGUUCAGUUUUCAUCAUCCUGAAGUAUGAACACCAAUUCAUUUACAUUUUGCUUCAUUAAGUUUGCAUGUCACUUUUGAUACAACAGCCCAAACGUUUUAACAAGCAGAGCAUGUAAUAUAUUGAGUUAUGAAUUUUGUAUAUUUUUUAUUCAUGAUUUAAUUUAAGAACCCUAAUAAGUUGUUGGUUAACGGGAUGUUGUUGAGAACUAAUUAAUCAGAGCCUGCCUUUGUUGAUGGGAGAAUGAAUCUGUAUGUACAAUGGUUUACUAUUGCAAGAAAGGAUGUACCAAAUCUAUGCAUUGAACUCUUCAUUAAUGCUCCAGGCAUCGAGUCUUAUUUCAUGAAAGGUGUGUUUAUGAAUUUCAUUACAUAUCUGGCUAUUUAUGAUUGCAUUUUAGCAUGUACAUUGUAUAUUAAAUACUUGUGACCAGCAGGGAAAAAGAAUGUAAAAUUGUGAUGAUCGAUGGAUAACAUCAAAGUUCUUGUUGGUACCAAUAAACUGUGAAUUCUGA